AGAAAUAUAUUUUUUGUUUCUGCCUGAAUAUGUUUUAAAUUCAUUUAUGUUGUAAAACCUAUCAUAAAAGCGAUACAUUUAAGAGUUUAUAAAUAUAUCAGUUAAUGUGUUUGUCAAUUUAUUUUAACGAUUGGAAAUGUAGUGCCUUAUUGGACUGUUUGUGUAUUUUUUCCUUUGGGUAGGAAGAAUUUUAUAGCAGCGGAUGAUCUCAUUGACGUUCUGUCAUUACGUUCUUUUUAGUUAGAUCUUGAUCGUUUUGUUAAUAAACGUUUUGAGUCCAAUGACCUUGCGGCUUAAAAAUAAAAAUCAUACAAAUAAUCAACCAAAAUGAAGAAACAAUUUUAUAGAGUGAAACAACUUGCAGACCAAACGUUUUCAAGAUCAGGAAAAGGAGAGGCCCUAACAGAUGAACUACAUACUGCUGACAGGAAAGUGGAAAACUUGCGAAAUGCUUUACAGCUUGUUAGUAAAAGGCUUUCGACAGGUGCCGGAAAUACACAAGGUCAAGAUCCAGCUGCCAGAGAGAAAAGACUCAAAAAGCUUCCAGAGUAUUUAUUGGGCUUGUCCUUGUGUGAAGCUAGCAACUUUGAUGAUGAUGACAGUAUUUUAAAAUUCAUAUUAUAUGAAUGUGGUAAAACUGAGAAGUUCUUGGCAAACGAAAUAGCUGAACAUGAGUUAAAAGUGGAACAGUUGGUAUGUGCACCUUUAACGGUAAUCAGUGAUCAUGAUCUACCAGCAAUAAUGAAAGCCAAAAAACAACUCAGCAGGCUAAUUAGUGAGAAAGAGUCCGCAGCAAGUAGAUACAAUCAUUUAGAUAAACAAAAAGAGGAAAAUCCCACAAAACUAGCAGCAGCCCGAGAGGAACUUGAAGAAGCUGGCACAAAAGUAGAGUCUGCACGAGAUGCUCUUGCCGCGGAUAUGUUUGCCCUUGUAGCCAAAGAAGCUCAGCUUGCUCACACUCUACUGCAAUAUGUUAAAUUACAGCGAGCUUACCAUGAAUCUGCCCUACACUCGCUACAAGAUACAGUACCAGAGUUGGAAAAGUUUAUCAACGAUAGUUCUGUGAAACCAGUUUUUGGAUAUCCAUUGGAGGAACACUUGCGGGUUACUGGGCGCACCAUUGCUUUUCCUAUCGAGCUAUGCGUCUGCACAUUGCAUGAAUUGGCAUUACAUGAGGAGGGACUCUUCAGAAUAGCUGGUGCAACAUCAAAAGUGAGAAGAAUGAAGCUUUCACUCGAUGCGGGGUUGUUCAGUGUGCCUUUACCACCGGAUUACAGAGAUAUGCACGUUGUGGCGUCAGUACUCAAGUCAUACUUGCGUGAACUGCCUGAGCCUCUACUGACAUAUAGGCUUUAUGAGAAUUUUAUGAAUGCGUCACGACAACCGACAGAACAGGCCAGACUUAACGCCCUAUGGGAGUGUAUACAUUUACUGCCCGAUGCUAAUUACCAAAACCUUAGAUACCUAAUAAAAUUUUUGUCCGCUUUGACACAAAACCAAAAUAAGAACAAAAUGACGCCUUCAAAUCUGGCCAUCGUGGUGGCUCCCAACUUAUUGUGGGCCGCUGAUGAGAGCACUUUCGAUAUGAAUAUCACAACAGCUGUCAACUGCGUCGUGGAGCUCCUAAUUAAACACGCAGACUGGUUCUUCAAGGACGAAGUUAACUUUUUUAUUUCAUUCACCAAAGAAGAUUUGCUACCAGGCCUAUACCAAGACGGUUUCACCCCUAAUUUCGGCCACGGAUACAAUCAAACCGCCGCCCUCGCUCAAGAUCAAUCUAACGGCGAAUACAGCAGCAUGAGCAAAUCCAUGUUCGAUUAUAACCACCACUCAGAACAGGUCAAGUACAGUCAGGUCAAGGUCGCGGCCGACGGUCCCGGCCGACAUUCACGGAGCAACAGUCACGACACCAGCCUCAUCUUAUUAGAAAGUGACAUCAAGAAGGCACAGUCCAAUAGUUCCCUCUCCGACCAAUCCAGCCCGCCCCACGGAAGUCCCAAACCAAUAACGAGGCGGAAAAACAAACCUCUCGCUCCGGUCCCGCCAAAUUUUACUCCAGACAAAAACAAAAAAACGGAUACUCAAACGCAGACGACAGCUCAAAUUCAAGCCGAAACUACGCGAGAGAUACAGCCCGCAGCGAAAACCGAAGUCGAGAAGCCGGCCAAGCCACCGAGACCAGUCAUAUCCGACACUGGCAAGGUAAUAACCGGGGUGCAGACGAUCAACCGGUCCACGUAUCGGCAGAACAAGGCGCUCAAGGAGGAGGCCGCCCGCGAACUCGUGUCAGAUGCGCGGCGCCAGAGUCUCGAGCUAGAGCGAGACGGAACGGAGCUCUCGCGAGCCGACUGCACCCUUGUCGUGCGUAACCUCACCGCGCACACCGGGGUCGUCGGCCGUAUGAAGGUGGUCGGAGACGCCCGCUCCCCCCUCCUUGCUGGCAAGCAGCCCCCGCCUCGACCCGUAGCGGCACCGCGCACUCUCGUACCUGUAGCGACGGACCUCGACGCAGACGUCACCCUGCGCAACAAGCCUGCCGUGCCCGAGCGGCCGGCCACACUGCGGCCCCAAAGCUUCCGCGCGCCUCGGGGUUCUUCUUCCUCUGACGUGGAAGUCGCGCCGACCGUGCUCGAGCGGACGCACAUCUACACAGUGGACAAACAACAACCGACUGUGAUCCAGGUGGGCGGCGGCGACGAGGCUCCGCGGGCGACUGUGCAGCGCACGCACAGUUCCGGCGGUAAGGACGCAGAGCUCGACGAGGGCAAGGGUCUGAGUGCGAGCCGGCAGCUGUCGCAGUCGGAAGGCAGUAUCGCCGAGUCUCCGUCGCCGCGCGCACGCCCGGCGCGGCCGCAGGUGCCAGCGCCACCGCCGCCGGUGUCCGUCUCCUCGCCGGAGUCCGCCCCGCCGGCGUCCCUCUCGCAGCCGGAGUCACUCCCACCGGCGGCGUCCGUUGCGCUGCAGGAGAGCACAAACUUGUAGAGAGGUGCUCGCCGCGCUGAUAUCGCACGAGACUGAUGUUUGCUUUUAUCCUCCACUGACGAAGUCAUCGGAUUUCGGCUGAGGAAGGGUAUAAGAGCUAAAAGUAUUUUCUUACGUCGAUCGAGUAUUAUGUAUUUAUUUAGAUUACAAGCGAUAGCCUAAAUUAACGUUCGCCGAGUCGUCCGUAGCAGACUGAUGUUUAUUUUGCUCUUUUUUGUGCACGAGCAGUACGCUUAUUAUCACGCGUUAUAUUCCGUGUUUCUUGCAAUUACACUCUGAAACAUCGUAAAUUAGUAGCGUAGACAAAAUUACAAUUAAUGUUUGUGAUAUUAGAAGGUAAAUUCGAUGCCGUACAGGCAGGACCGCCGGCCCGUGGCGGGGAAGGCUGCACAAAUAUCACAUCUAAGACGUCUAGCCAUAUUUUUAUAAUCAGAUAGGUAUUUUUCAAACGUGCACUACGCGAGCAACGGAAUCAGUGAAUAUUAUUAAUUUUAGUAUUAAGAAUGUUAUAUAGUAUUUACGAUGUUUUAUGUGAUACGCAUUUUAUGAAUAUACUGCAAGUAUACCUAGCUUCUGUUGUAAGGAAUAAAAUAAUAACACAAAGUC